UGACAUAAGCCAAGGUAGUAAGCAGCUGCUUGUCCACUCUGUACCACUUAGCUCGUAUGCUCGUUUCGCGUUUAGUGUUUCUCACGGGAUAUUUAGGAUAUUAGUGAGUUUUCCAGUUUUUGGUCGGAAUAAGUUGACGAUAUCAUCAGAAGCAUAAGUGUGAACCUGGUGGAUAACUUAUACAGGUGCUCGAAAUUCGGAAAAGUUUGUGCAAAUCAAAGGGGAUAAACCUAGUGUUUUAGUGUGCAAUCAUAAGUGGAUAUUAUUCGAGUUCGAGUUGAAGGAACUAAGAUUUCCAGCUGAGGGUGUGUUCGAUUUGUUUCUCACCGGAUUUCACCGGAGUCCGGAAGGAAUUGUCGGCGGAAGAAUAACGGAAACCUUUAGUGGCUUUGGUUGGGCUUCAAAAGCUAAGAUAGCGCCUAGCUUCUUAGUGCGGGACAUCCAUCUCGUGGCGUCGAUUGGUGUGCUUGUCCCAAGUGUGGCCUGAAGCGCGAACAGAGCAAGUCUUCUCCCUACGGAGGUCUGCGAACACAGAUCCUCGGAACAGACACUGAAUUACGUGCGCAUUAAGGUAGGAGUGUCAUCUCCUGACAUAAAAAAGGAAGAACAGUUGAAAGAGACUACAAAAUCAGAGUGAGUACCCCAGUAAACCGAUAACUAACCUUGUGGUGCUUUGCAAACAGCGGAAGAACAACGGUAGCAAAGGCGGAAGCGAACAACAACAGCAACAUGGGCGAUGCUAUCAACUUUGGUCCUGCGUGGUUGCGCAAAGUUGCUACAUUCGAUAGUAACGCUGUGAGCAGCAUUGGUGGACCUCCCCACAGUAGCUGCAACAACAACAAUAUCAGUAGCAGCAGCAGCUCCAGCACCAGCAAUAAUCAGACCAACAGUAGCAACAACAAUAACAACAGCAGUAGCUCCGGUUCAGCUGGCGGCGGUGGCAGUGGAAGCUAUUCGGCAGCCCUGGCGGCUGCCAAUGCAGCGGCGGCGGCGCAGGCGGCAGCAACAGCUUCCGCCGCGGCAGCCUCCACGACCACCCGUUACGCACUGGCCGAGUUCCGGUAUGGGCGGGAGGAAAUGUUGGCACUCUUCGACGUGAAAGCGGUCAAAACGCCAGAGAUACUGGUCAACUUCAAAAACUUGUACGUUGACAAGGUGCAGUGUCCUCUGGCAUUGACCCCUUGCACCGACGAUGACGUGGUACCGGAACCAGAUACCAGGCGUAUAUGGCAGACGAGGAGCACUUCGCUGGGUGUGCCAGGGCGUGGCGCUCGGGGCGGGUCCGUUGACCGGGGAAGGGGUCGUGGUAGAGGCCUCUAUCUCGGCUACCAAAGGUCAACCUCUUUCUACGACGAUGAAUCCAGAAGCGUGGGAAGAGGUGAACGACCAUGGCUGGAACGCAACGGUACCGGUGGGCCCCUCGGUGGCAGCGGGGGUACCGGCGGUGGCGAGGUGGACUGGAACAAUUCCUCCUCGUCGCCCCGGAAGGAGUUCGGGGUACGGGCGCGGACAGCCAACAUGGAAAGCUGGCGCCGGGCCCGCCCGGAUGACGAACCGAGCGCAACGGACUGGCGCAGUGGUGGUCUGAACACUAGCGGUGGCAGCAGCGGUCUGUCCGGGUCGGGCCUGCGGGAAAAAUGGUCCCGUUCUACCAGCUGGCGCGACGAGGACAGUGGCACGGGCGAUGGUUUGGGUCGUCCUGGGCUGGGAAGUCUACAUCCGUCGACUAGUAGCGAGCGGAUUAUACCGAGCUCGGGCGCCUACAAGCCUCGGAUGUCCGCGCUUAGUGGACCUGGAGGCACCGGGGAUUUGAAUACUAGUGGUGGUACCGGUCCGAUGAGUGCAUUACGGCGUAACUGGGACACGGAAGACCAACUUCCCGAGUGGGCAACAGAGAAUCCUUCCGAUUAUGGAGGAAGCUUCGAUGCCAGUGGGGCGUUCCAUGACUCUGACAACGACGUCGAUGGUCGGUUUGACGACGACGGUGGAAGGGAGAACCAUGUGAACAGGAAGGAAGGGUCGUCUGCAAGUUCCAGGAGAAGUGCUUCUUCUAAGGAAGGCAGUGCCAGUAAAGAACCUACGCCUAAUCAUCUCUUGGAAAAAGCACAACCAGCGGAGGAUUCCCAGAAGGGUAAACGUGAGGAGCAAAAGGUGCUUGAGCAAAAAGAGGCAGUCGUGUCUAGUAAACCGAAGGAGGAUAGUGCAAGCGUAAAGGACAUGUCGUCUAAGGAGUCCGUUAGCCCACAACCUCCAUCGGUAGAACCUCCAAAGACGACGCAUGAAAUGGCGGCUGAAAUUGACAUCCAUAAAGCGGCCGCCAAUAGUAAUAGCAGUACUGUUGAAGUUAGUACUAAGGCUGACGAGAGUCCAAGUAGAGGUCGGGAAAUGCAGUCGAGAGAUGUGCCGAAGAAGUCUGCUUCGAGUUCCAGUGUGGAUCGGAUGCAGGAAGUGGCUGACGAUAUGGUGGCUCAGUUGAUCAUGGACGACGACUAUACGGGCACCGGAGACACGGAUCCCACUCCGGUGUCCCGUUCGUUGGACAAGUCGCCUGUCCUUGGUGCUCCAAUUCCGAUCAACUUGCUGCUAUCGAAGGAACCAGUGGCCAUGCAGCAACUGUUUGGAAGUAGUAGUUCCAGUAGUGGCAAUCGUAACAUGCUUCUUUCCGAUGUGAACCGAUCGAUGCUGCAUGGAGUAGGUCCACAGAUGCCACCAAUUCACCACGCGGGAACGGACAUCUGGUACUACCGGGAUCCACAAGGCAAAGUUCAAGGUCCUUUCCCAGCGUCGGAGAUGACCGAAUGGUACCGAGCUGGUUACUUCGAUGAUUCCCUAUCGGUGCGUCGUGCAUGCGAUGAAAUCUACACGACCCUGGGGCAACUUGUAGCUCUCUGCGGCGGUGCCAUUCCAUUUUUGAACUCAAUGAGUAUACCACCGAUUAAGAGUAGUAGUAUUACUUCGAAGCAACAGCAGCAGCAGCAGCCCCAGCCACAGCCUCCUCAAGCUCCCACAAGCUCAUUCCAACAACAGAAACCUGCCUCCACGUUACAGCAUCUUCAGCAGCAAGCACCGCCUCUCGACACGGAUCUGACGGCACAGUUGCAGUUCACCAAAAAGCUUCACAUGUUGCGUCAACAGAGCCUGAUAAUGCAGAAGCUGAGCUCGACCGAAGGCUGGCCUUUGCUCUCGCAGGAACAGCAGAAUGCCAUCAUCGCGCAGCACAUGGCUCAAUUGCAGCUGAACGACAGCAUGUUGAUAUCACCCUCGCUUCCCACGCCUACCAGCUCAUCGAAUCCGCCGAAUCCGGCAAGUAUUUUCGGGGGUGUCGUCCCACCGCAGGAUUCGCUAGUCAAUCUCAAACAGGCGCAGCAGCAGCAGCAACAACAGCAGCAAGCACAACAGGCUCAAGCUCAGCAACAGCAGCAACAACAACAGCAGCAGCAGCAACAAUCGCAACAACAGCCGCAACCUGGUCAGCAUCCGGUAUUGGAGCAACUUCAGAAAACCUCCAGUCUCAGCAAUGCGUUCCAAAAGAUGCAACUGCCCGACUUUGGACAGCCGCAGCCUGGGCGGCCAAUGCUGGGCAACUUGAAUGUCGAUCCCACUGCCGGUCAUGACCACUUGGGGCAACUGAUCCACAACAUUAACUUUAAUCACCAACCUCCAGUACAAAACCUUCCACUUGGCUCCAAUAUGUUGUUGAAGCAUAACCUUAUAGGCAAUCUGACACCGCAACAGCAGCAGCAACAGCAGUCACAGCCAUCGCAACAGCCCCAAGUACCCAAACCGAACAUAGAAAACGAUCCAAUCCAGUCACUGCUGAUGCAACUAUCGAUGCAUAAACAACAGCAGCAGCAACAACCUCCACAGCCAUCUAAAACACCGGUAGAGCUGAUGUCUCCGUGGUUACAGACGCAAUCGAUGCCACAACAGCAACCCCAACAGGCAACGUUGCGUACGUUGGGUAGCGGUUGGGGUGAUCUUCCCCCUACGAGUGCCUCUUUCGGGUCCCUCUUGCAGCAACCGCCAUCGCAACAACAACCGCCGCACCUAGCAGCUCAUCAUAUGGUUAAUGCGAGCUCUGCCAACGAGCCUCAGGCUCCAUCAGUUGUAUCGCUAUUCAAGCAUCAUCAACAAUCCGAGAAGCAGAACCAGGAAAAACUGGUGUCUGAAUCUCACCAACAGCAGCAACAUGUGCAACAGCAGCAGCAACAAUUGCAACACCAACAGCAAUUGCAGCAGCAACAAAAUCAGCAUCAUCAACAGCAGCAGCAACAACAGCAACAGUUGCAGCAACAACAAGCGCAAUCAGCAAAUCAUCAGCAACACUUCGAACGUACUCAUCAAAAGCAGCAGCUACAAGUUGAGAAUGUUGUUACUCAACAACAGCAACAGGCUCAGCAACAACAGCAGCAGCAUCAACAACAACAGCAGCAGCAACAAUAUGCCCAGAAGUCUGCGAAGGAAGACAGGAAAGAGCAGGAACAUCUUGCUCAACAGCAACAACAAGCUCAACAACAACUGCAGCAACGGCAUUUCCAACAGCCUGCCAAACAAGAAAAGCAACCAUCAAAGCCAAACCAGCAGAAACCAGUCAACAACGUUGAUGUCGAAGAACAGCAAGUUCAUCAACAGCAGCAGCAGCAACUGCAACAGCAACAACAACAGAGCGGUAAAUUUCCUCAACAGAAGGGGAACAAGAAGCAACAGCAGUCGAAGCAGCAGCAGCAUGUCGACGACGAUCAGGGAGAUUUCAUCAACGUGAAGAAAGAGAUGGAAGAGAAGAAGCGCCAGAAGGAGCUGAAGAAGCAACAACAGGAGGAGCUCAAGCGCAAGCAACUUGAGGAAAAGAAGAAGCAAGAAGAGUUGGAAGCGCAAAAGAAGGCCAAACUUCUCGAGAACCAACGUCGCGAAGCGAUCAAGAUUCAGGAGCAGCAACAGCCGCGUCCCGUUACGAAGGUAGCUCCGUGGUCCGCUUCGGUUGCCGAAACGGUCAACAGCGGGCCAAGUCUGGAUGAAAUCCAGAAAGCCGAACGCGAACGACGUGCUGCUCUGGCUCGCCAGGAGCAAUCGAAUCGCGAGCAACAACAGCAGCAAGAGAUCCUUGAGCUUCAGACCCGUCUGGAAAGUAAGCUCAAGUGGAAGGCCCAGAACUUGGGUUCACAGAAUGUGAAAUCCCUCGCGGAAAUUCAAGCCGAGGAAGCUGCUGCUGUGGAACGUGCUCGCGAGAAGAAUGCUGCUGCUCUGACUGCUGCCUCCAUUGCAGCAUCUGCAGCGAAAGCCGCCAAGAAGGAGGAAAUUCUCGGAACAGCCGUUUGGCAGAGCCAAGGCAGCGUUCUGACUUGGAACACGGCUAAGCUGUGGUCCAACUCUGGCGACGAGCAGAACAAUCUCAGUUCUGGUGGUUUCUGGGAGGAACCGAAUCCUUCGAACAAAAACGGACGCCAAAAACAGAAUCACCAGCAAGCUGCCCAGCAACAGCAGGUCCAGAAUCAGAAGCAACUGCUGAGCAAGAGCAAGACGAUGGGCAGCAUCUCGACUGCUUCGUCAUCGAAUGCCGUGGCCGCUGCCAAGCAGCAACAGCAAAAGAAUCAAAUGCAACAACAGCAACAGCAGCAUAAGAAUGCUUCCAAGGGUGCCUCCGGUGCGGGUAAAAACUCGGGUGGAGCUUCCGGAGCUGGCGGCGAACGCAAGGAGCGCAACCAAGGAGGCGACCACACCAACGAGUUCACCGGAUGGUGCACCCGGGCAUUGACCUCGCUGAACAGCAAUGUUGAUAUUCCAACGUUCGUUGGCUUCCUGCAGGACAUUGAAUCACCCUUCGAGGUGAAGGACUACAUCAGACUCUAUCUAGGCGAAACGAAGGAGUGUGCCGAGUUUGCCAAACAGUUCCUGGAGAGACGCUCCAAGUACAAGAACCAGAUGCGCCAGAAGAACGCCCACAUCGACGACAUGUGCAAACCGGCUCCGGCCAUCAAUCCAUCGUCCAACGAUUUCCAGGAGAUCAAGGGCAAGAACAAGAAGGUGAAGAAAAACAAAAUGACCAAGCUCGACAAUCGUUGCCUGGGCUUCUCGGUGACCGCUGCCCCGGACCGCUUGAACGUCGGCGAUCGCGACUACGGUGACAAUGCCUAAUCAGGCACGAACACUGCGAGGUAGGCACGGCGAGGGGGGAAAACACACAUUUCCGUUGAUUCGAAUGGGACCGGAAGAACACAUAGACACCACAUACGAACACAUUCAAAACCCGCAAAGGCAAACACAGCCAAACAUGCAAAACAUGAGCAACUUUUCGGAUAGAAUAGGAAGUUGGUUUUCGUACUAGGUCAGUGAAAAGUGCAGCAGCAAAGUGUGACCAAUUUAAGCUGGUUUUCGUUUUCUCUUAACUAGGAAAAUGAUAGGAAAAAAAGAAUAACUUUGGCGUUCCUCGUUGCUGUAAUACAGAGCAAAUCAGAUGAAAAAUCACUAACAAACACACAUUUAGCCAAAUGAAUAGCGUAAAAUCAUAUUAAAUUUCAAUAGAGCAGGACCAGAGCAAACAGUCGUCUGGAGUGGUGUACUGUUAUAAUAUACCUAGAGCAAUCGCAUUAGGGAUCAGUUUUGUCUGUGUUUUUGUUGGCUUUCCUAUGUAGUUACGCCUAAUUAUUGUUUCACUGUGCAUUGAAUGAAGAUGAUUGUAUUGCGUUUUCUGAAUUAUACAAACGAUUGUUCGGAAUUUAUGCAGCGGGUGUGUUACUCAACAGGGAAUAGUCGAUAAAUGAACGGGAAAAAAUAUCUUUGUGUCAAGAUUUUACCAUUCCUGAAACUUUUUGAAAAACUCUUGAAACGUACUCAUUUUUUCGUUGUUAUAAAAAUAAGAAAAGCGCGAUUUUUACAUUUAUUGAACUCCAUUGAGUUUAGCGUAAGUGCUUUUACCUAUUACGGAUUCGCCCACACAUUUUGGCCCUUCAUGCAAGAACUGUAACUCUUCGUUUUCCCGAGUUCGUUUAACUCUGUUUUAAACUAUUUGAACAACAUUUUAUACUAUAAAUUCAGACUGAACGCUGCCAGAGCAGUCUCCUGAUACCACGUAAGUCCACAUUUCCGCCCUUAAGUUUUGGCCCUUCAUACAGCAAUUAACGAACUUGUUGGAUGAAGAUUUUGAUGAAAGUGGUUGCACUCUUUAAACGAACGUUCAGAAAUGUUCACACAUUACGCGAUUUUCUAGUCAACCCCGUUUGAAACAGUUCUCAACGAGCUUUCCGAAGAUAAAACUGUGCUAAACUUUUGAAAAAAAAAUGUAUUUUAUUUUCGUGCAUUUAGUGUUGCAAAUUCUUAUACAAUUUUCAUGAUUUGCCAUAAACUCAUUUUUUGCCAGUGGAGCAAGCAUCGAACUAAAUGUCAAACAAAAUGCUUUUCAAUACAUAAAGUUAUCUGUUUGUUAUUAGACUUUUAAAUACUUUUUUCUAGGAAUUUAGGUGUCAUUUUCGAACGUAACAGUAAUUGUACUGAACAAUUUAAUUCUACAUUUUAAAUUAAUAAUAACCCCAUCAGCAUAUGAGAAUACUGGUAAAGAUGAAAAGAAACCAUUUAGGUAAUCAAAAUAUAGUCAAAAUUUAGGCAAGUAUCGUACCCAAAUUAGAAUAAACAUGAACCCAACCAAACUGAAAACUAUUUAAUUCAUAAUCAGAAAAAUAAGAAAACUAGAUAACAUCAGUGAAAUGUGUGUUUUCCGGGUCUCGGUGCUGCCGCCGCCGUCUUCGCCAGGCGGUCAUCAAGCAACUAACUAUAUACUGUUAAGGUAAGCGGUAGAAAAAUCAUAAAACCCAGUUUCGAUAAGUUAAUGAAUGCAGAAAGAAUUAAAAUAAAAUGGAAAACAAUAAGCUCGUUAUACACAACAAUAGCAACAACUACAAAACUAAACACAUCUAGCUCCAAAACAUGGAAAACAAGAGGAAAAGCAGAAAACGGUUAGGAAGACAUACAGGUAAAAUCAGAAGAUAGAAACACAUAAACUAGCCAUUCAAACGCGGGCAAAUGCUGCUGCAAGUGUCGAACAAGUUUCCCCUAGUUUGGUAAGUUUCAAUCGGACGAAGUAACGUAUUCAAUAGCCGGACAUCCCUAGUUAUGCAUGGGUUUUAUAGUUAGUAUAAUUUAAAGGGACAUAAUCCGUGAUUGAUUUCAGAAUUUUCAGAAGCAGUUUUUUCGCAGUUAUUCUAUUGAACAGAUAAACUGCUUUUUAAGUUUUCAUGAUGACGAUGAUUAUUAUGACGGAUUCGUGAACUUAAAAAAAAAAACAUUUGAAGAAGCUUUUACUGGAAGGCAGGGAUGUCAAUUUGCCAAAAUAAGUUGAUUGGUCGAACGAAAUAAAUUAAAUAAAUUUUGUCAUUGCAUUUUUUUUUGUAAUUUUUAAUCGUGUGCUACAGUAAGGGCGUAAGAACAAGUUCGAUUUCUCUUCACCGAUUCUUGCCUGAGUGAAUAAAGGGGACAGUGGUGACAAGAUGUAAGUUUGUUAGAAUUUUUUUUCUUAACUUAGGACGCAAGAUUGCAUCGCUUCCAAGCGUUCCGAAGCGUAAAAUUUCUAACAAACUAAAUUCUUCUCUAUUCACUGUAGAGAGGAUCGAUGAAUAGAAAUCGAUCGUGUUAAAUUGCUACUAUAAAUCGAUUACCUAAUCUUUAGUGGGACAUCCCUUGUUUUGCUAGGCUUCCUCAAUUUCUUCCUGGUCAAAUGCCCAAAAUAAGAACUAAUUGUUGCGUUGGAUAGAAUUUCUGGUGCGGUUUAUCGUGAUGUUAAACAAAUCGUACUGUAAAAUAGGGAUGUCAUUUUUUCUGCAUAGAUCGAUAAAACGGAUGAAAUCAAUAAAAUAUUAAUAUGUUUAUUAAAGACACUACCACAUAUUUGAGUGGCAUUCGUAUCUGGAAAUCAAUAGUUUACGUCAUAAUUUUUUUUGGAUUUCUAAAAAACUGGAAAUUUGAGUCUAUUACAACUGUCAGACGAUUACUUAAUCGAUGGCCAGACAUCCCUAGUUUUUAAGGGUCAGUUGCCUUACAUCUAGUUAACGCUACGUUGUGCGAUGAAAAAAACCGAUACCACUAGCAGCAGCAGCAGCCGCAGCUAAAAACCAAAUAAGAUGAGCUUCCACCCACACAACAGAUUGAUAGAAACUCGUUGCAACAACCGGAAGGGAAAAGAAAAAUGGCAUGUUACACGUUGAAACAUUGAAACUCUAUUAAACACUUACACACAAACACCUAUUGACGAUUGAUUGAUUAGUCGGUUGCUACUGUUUCGUUGUUUUCUUUUGAAAUCGUAAGAAUAGUCAAGCCAGAUAGAGCGAGGUAAAGAGAGAAAGAAAGGCGAAAAGCCUAUUGUUCAAUCCCCGAACGCGAGGAUAGCUGAUGAAUUAUUCUAUUAUAUUACAUUGAAACAAUUAAACA